CUCGCUCCGAGUAAAUGCUCACUGUCUGGCGCCGUGACCUAACCAAACGUAACCCCAAGAGUCCUCGUUGAAUACAUCGCUUUAUCUCAGUCUGGAAGCAAUAGAAAACGUGUGACUACGUCGCUCAUCUAAAUGGCUAGCACAUUAAUAAUGGUGCGUUAUCUUUGUGCGCGUCUCUCAUUGGAAACCUUCACUUCACGUGGUGCUGUACAAAUAAUGAAGAGGUGAAUCCCCCAAUCCCCAGUCUACCGUUGUGGGACCGAGUCCGUGGCGUUUUGAGUGUCAGUAACUUCUGUGUCAUAAACUGACAUCAUCUCAUCAUGCCUGGAAAGAAAUGAAUCCCGGUUCAGCACUCGACUCAACAUAGAAACGCGCGCGAAGAGAACUUUGCCUUGCAACUCUUGUUUGGUGGAUACGGCACGCGCCACGGCAGCGCGCGGAGGAUCAACAACUUUCCUCAGAAACAGCGCUAGCAUCCUUCCCAUGUCGAUUCAAACCCUUCCAUGUCACAAAUUAUUGUUGCUUUAAUUGGACGAGAAUGUUUCAGAAGAAACCAUAUCUGCUCAAACACGAGGAAAACAUCGUUGGUAAGCCUUGAGAAGCGGAUAAUAAAUGACUUUUAUGCGCCCCAGAAUCGCGUCCUCGCCAGGUGGACUGUGAAGAGACAGAAGAGGAAUGUUUAUCCGAAAUUUAUUGCCGCUUAGUUUGGGUUUUUUGUCGUUUUUGUUAAGUCACUGUUUUCUCUCACUGUUUCUUCCAUUAUUUCAGUUUGCGAGAGGAGAGCUGCAGAAAUCAUGCUCCCGGACCACAGUGGCACCGCUCGAAGGGAGCUGCCAGUUGCCAUGCCAGUGUAGGGCCUACCCACCGUUACCCCCUCCACCCCCUCCUCCACCACCCCCGAGGCUCCUGGCUCCAACUGUGGCUCCCUCCACUGUAUCCCCCAUAACGCCAUGGAGGAGAGAGAUGGAGAUCUUAGUACUGGGGACAGUAAGCUGUGCAUCUGUGGUCUUCCUUCUCCUGACUGCCAUCAUCUGCUACAAGGCCAUCAAGAGGAAACCCCUUCGAAAAGAAGAGAAUGGCACAAGCCGAGGGGAGUAUGCCAUGAGCUCACACUGUAAACAGCAGGUAGUGGAAACCAAUAACACUGGAGUAUAGUGGCCAUGCUAUAGCUGAACAUUCUGUACUCUACAGCACCACCAUCUCUGCUGGGGUUUAUGAGAUGGACGCAAGGCAUAUUAUGAAUUUAGGAAUGGUAAACCUCAUGGCUGCUCUUCUUGGGACAUAAAAUGAUGUUUAAAGAAAAGACUAAGGUGAAUAUGUAUUGAGUGAUGUGUACAGGUACAAGUAUAAGCAAGUUUCGAGGAGACACGGAAACUCUUACCAAUGCUGGCAGCUGCACGAAUAUCAUGAGACUCAACCUGGCGGCCCCCCAGAGCCCCUUUGAGGAAUAUAUACAACAUCAACAAAAUAAAAGCAUGCACUUUCUGUUGAAUGCAAUGAUGUUUUAAAAUUCCUGUCUUCUCUUGUCUUUAACUCUGUUUUUGCAGUGUUCCUCAUUAAGCGUUAAGGGUUCUUAUAUGUCAUGUAGAUUGUGUGAGUGUUUGAUGGAUAAUUGACUGAAAUUGGCCAAAAUUCCAAAUGGGAUUGGGUGGUCCUAGAUUUUGUGUACCAAAUAUACAAGGGAGAAUAAGAAAUGGUUUCCUUAAUGGUUUUUUGCAAUUUGUGUUACUAUGCAAUUGGAAAGGAUUGAGUUCUUGAGGUGCAUAUUUAGAAUACAAAAAACGAGGCUAGCAUUAGCAUCGCUAAUAGUUAACAGAUUGUAGUCUGACGGUUCUAUACAUGAUAUUCAAAUUUGUCUGAUGGUGUAGCCUUCAUGUGAAAGAUAUUCAAUUAUAAAUACAUGGAAACAACAACAACAUGUAUGAUGGAUUAGUUUUAGGGAUUGAUUGAUGAAUAAUUUCAUGCUAUGUCUGAUACUAAAAUCUGUACUGUUUUGUCCAAAAAUAAAAGGCACUACAAACUAAAAUUGUAAGUUUUUGUAAAUGUAUGUUUGGAUGCAUAGACAACAUAGUGUACAGUAUGAAAUAUGGAUAACUCUUUAUUUUCAGAUGAACAAUUGAUUGGGUAUUUGAGAUUUGAAAAAUAAUGGCUAUAGGAAGACACUCUUUAGGAAAUAACUCUUAAAGUGUAAAAUCUUUGCCGUAAUGUAUUUAAAUUAGCUCUAGACAAGACAUUUCAAAGCAAGUAUCCACAAUUAAAUAUCUAUUAUCUAUAAAAUAAAUAUCCAAUAUGGACAAAUACUGAUUAAAAAUUGACUAAUGUUGUCUUAUAACAGAUAUGGUCCUAACAUAUGAUGCACCUCUAACUAGUUUGGCUUUUGGUAUUGCAUUUAAAGUAGAUGGAACAUACACAAUCCGAUGGAUGUCCUGUAUCCGUUUACCUUUCAGUAACUGCACAACCCUGUUCAACUGAUAAUUACAACUGAAACAAUUCACAAUUAGUCAGGAUUUGUUCAUCAGAGUGGUCCAUAAUUUUCCUCAAAGUAUAUAGAAGAGAUAUUACAAGCUGGAAAAGAAAUAAAAUGGUUACAUAAAAUUACAUUUUGAAGUUGAAAUAUAAGUUGAAAACGUAAUGCAUUGGGAAAUAUAUUGACUUUACAUUAAUCAGUCAUUUUAUUAUGGUUAAUAGAAAACCGUACACUUGUGUAACUGGAUUUGAUUAUCACGCCAUCAUUUGUGGUCCAGCUCUUUAGAAUGUUUGCAAAUCAUUCUAGUUUCACAACAAGUCUCUUCUUGACCUUUUUUGGCAACUCUUCAAAACUAGGAUGUUACAAGCUUUUACUAAGAUGGUUUAAAGCUUUUUUUAAAGUUGAUAAUACUGUGAUUUCAUGUGGGUUAGUGGACGCUUUAAAGAUGUAUCAAGUGAUUCAUCAAACAAGCUUAGCCUCUAAAUUUAGCUUGUAAUAUCACUGUUAAACAGAUUCUCUCCACUGUUUAAUUUGUUUUUCAUUGGAACUAUAUAUUGAACUUUUAUCGAACCUGUAAUUAAAACCGCGAUGCAAUGUUUAUGCAUAGUAACACUGAAUAUACAACUGAGCAAUCCCUCUUCAUAUUCUUAAAAAAAAUUCUCACAAUCUACUGUACAGUCAUUCACCCGUUCAACAAGAUAUAUUAAAUAUAUAUAUGUGUAUUAUACUGUACAUACUAUACUGUAUAAGGUACUCAGAAUUGUAUUGCAUGAAUGUACAUAUCAAUAUUUGCCUUCUUGACAGUCUAUUGUGUGUACAGAGUAUGAGAAAAUGUUUAUAGGGAUGUGUCGUCAAAACAGAAUAAGUGUUAUUGUUUGUCUGGAACAAGCCAUUAAUGUAUAUUUGAGUAAUCAGAGGUUGUUGCACAAUGUAUGCAUCACAUACCAAAAUGUAAAACUAUUAUAAUUUGUGCAUUGAACUAAUUUAAUUGCAACUUGCUGACUUUUUUUAGUUUUA